AGCUGAUGAACUGUUCGGUACCGCAUGUAAACCGCCGGCCAUGUUGAGUUGGAAUUGAACAAAGCUACAAGAAGGAAGGGAGAAGAUCGGCUCGGCGUGUUAACACCGCACCCCUACCAUCCAUCAUGGCUGACCCGGAAAAACAGCCCGAACAAGCUAAGGCUGUCCCACAGAAGCCUGUCAUCGCUAACAAAGUUACCGGAGUUGUUAAAUGGUUCAACGUUAAAAGUGGGUACGGGUUCAUUAACAGAAAUGACAGCAAGGAGGAUGUCUUCGUACAUCAAUCAGCCAUUGUUAAGAACAACCCUAAGAAAGCGGUGCGGAGUGUUGGAGAUGGUGAAGUGGUAGAGUUUGAUGUUGUGGUUGGAGAGAAAGGAAAUGAAGCGGCCAAUGUGACCGGUCCUGCUGGUGAGCCUGUGAAGGGCUCUCCGUAUGCUGCUGACAAGCGCCGUGGUUACCGACAGUGGUACUAUGGAGGACGUGGCCGUGGUAUGCGCACCCGCCGUGAAGCAGGUUACGAGAGUGGUGACGGUGGCAAAGGGGAAGAAGGUGGUGAUGGUGAAGGUGGGCAACAGCAACAGAGGCGUUACAGACCAAGGCGCCGCUUUGAGCCCAACAAUUACUACAAUAACUACCGUGCCCGCAAACCACAGCAAGGAGAGGAGGGUAAGGAGGGAGAGGAAGGUGGUGAAGGAGCUGAGGGUGGACGUCCUGCCAGGGGUAGAGGAGGCGCUCCCCGUCGGUUCUUCCGCCGUAACUUCCGUGGAGGUCGUGGUGGUGGACCACCCCGACGACCAAGGAGUCAGGAUGGGCAGAAUGUGAGCGAGGGAGAGGGAGGCGCAGAGGGAGCUCGACCCCGCCCACGCUAUCAUCGACGCCCGUCCCGCCCCUCUCGCACCAGCCAAAGUGAGGGAGAAACUAAGGUCAAGUCUGAACCAACGGAAGCCCAGACCACACCAGCCCAAGAUUCAUCGCAAGCUGUGCAGCACACAACCACCACUGAGAGCUCAGCCUAAAUGCAGUCUGGCCACCUGCCCUAACACCUGGCCAACUAAACAUCAUUAAUUUGUUAGUGCAGAUCCAAGUUUGUUUAGCAAUAAGCCCUACACCUCCUUGCAAGGCUCAAAAUGAAACUGAUGCCAUUUCUUGGCCAUGUCAGGUUGUGUUAUCAUAUCUUUUUGUUUUUGUGCUGUGAUUUUCAUUGUUAGUGUUGUAUAGAAUGUCAUGUGUGAUUUUUGCAUGAUUUUCAAUGUUUUUUGUUUGAUAACAGAAGGUAAUAUUGUGGGCCUUUGUCAAUGUUUGCUUUCUUUGUAUACUAUUUAAAUUUUGCAUGGCACAGUUAAAUUCUGAAUUUCCUUUGCAAUUAUUUUAGCAAAGGUUUUAUUUUGAGUCUUACGUACUACUAUUGAAGCUACUCUUAGGAGCGUGUAUAGUUGUAGAGCAAGCGGAGGAGGCGGCCUUCGUCUUUUUUCUUUUUCUGUGUGAUGGAGAUCGUGUGCUGCGUAUUUCCGCCUCACGCGUUGCUCUUAUCCUUACUAGCAAUGAUUGCUGAUCAACAACAAAUUAGUUGGGUCAGGCUUACCAAUAAGUAACCAGCCAAAUAAUUCAUGCUUGUCCAACAAUGCAUGUGUUUGAUGAAAUAAAUAAAAAUGAAUUGUCAUUAAACAUUUGAUAACAGUAUAAGCACCUUUCUUGAGGUGUAUGUCAGAAACUGUUCAUUUUGACAAAGCAAUUUAAUUUAUUUGUAACUUAAAUCUGGAAUACUGAGUUUGAUCUUCAUGACAAUGGAGAAUCAUUUUGUUGCUCUUUUUUUUCUUUUUUGUUUGUUGGGAGGGGCGGGGGGACUUUGUACUACAGUUUUGACUGUGGUUAUUUAACCUUAAUCUUUUUAUUUUCUUGAUUAUUACUUUUUAAGCUAUUGUCAUCUAGCUUUAUGUUCACUUGGGAUAAAACUGGUUCUGAUUUGAUGUUGCAUUUAGGUUUUUACACCCUGCAAAGUGAACAAUGAUUUUGGCGUUAAUUAAUUGCCUGCCUUUGUACAAAACUACCAAAAAUUUUUCACAACAUGUGCAUUUUGAAUAAACAAGCCAAAAAGA